AUGAGUUCUACGGAAGGAAAAGCUGAUGGUGAACACAGGCCGGAAAAGUUCUUCGUUGCGAUGAUUGAUGCCAUAAAGUGUCCUAUAAACAUAACGUUGUUUUUGAUAUGUGCUGUACUUGUCUAUAUGAGCCUAAGGCCACUACUGAGAAAGAAAAAGACUCGAAAAAUCCAGGUCCCAAAAAUGGAGAAGCGUGAUUUCACUUUGGAAGAACUUCAGAAGUUCAGUGGCCAAGGUGAACAUAAAAGGAUACUUAUUGCGGUCAAUGGUAAAAUAUUUGAUGUUACCAACAAUGGUCAAGAAUUCUACGGCAAAGGAGCACCUUACGCUGUGUUCGCUGGUAAGGACGCUUCUAGAGCACUCGCAUGCUUUAAUUUGGAGACUAAAAAGGAGUAUGAUGAUCUAUCAGAUCUUACUCCUGACCAGAUGAAGGCUCUAAGAGAAUGGGAACUGCAGUUUUCAGAACGCUAUGAUCAUAUUGGGCGACUUUUGAAACCAGGAGAACCGCAUCGGGUUUAUGAAAUCAAUGAUGGGGAAGAUGAUAUCAGUACCAACCAUGUUCAAGGUGUUAUCAAGGAAAAAGUGACUUAA